UCCAUGCUAUAAAUAUUUACCUGUAGAUUAACCGCAGCUUUAGGAUCAAUAAUCGAAAACUUUUUCUGUGUCUACACUCUUAUUGCAGAACCAAGAUGAGCGAAGCAGGUCAAAAGGAAUCUCCACGUCAAGCACCCCGUCUGAAUGAGAGGAUCCUUUCAUCUAUGUCAAGGAGAUCAUUUGCUGCACAUCCUUGGCAUGAUCUUGAGAUUGGACCUGAAGCUCCAACCGUUUUCAACUGUGUUGUUGAGAUAACAAAAGGUAGUAAGGUUAAAUAUGAACUUGACAAGAAGACCGGAAUGAUUAAGGUUGAUCGGGUUUUGUAUUCUUCAGUGGUCUAUCCUCACAACUAUGGUUUCAUCCCUCACACACUAUGUGAAGAUAAUGAUCCCUUGGAUUGUUUGGUUAUCAUGCAGGAGCCAGUUCUUCCUGGAUGUUUUCUGCGAGCCAGAGCCCUUGGUCUAAUGCCCAUGAUUGACCAGGGGGAGAAAGAUGAUAAGAUCAUUGCAGUUUGUGUUGAUGAUCCAGAAUACAAACAUUACACUGAUAUCAAAGAUCUUCCCCCUCACCGCCUUACUGAGAUCCGCCGUUUCUUUGAAGAUUACAAGAAAAACGAGAACAAGGCGGUUGCAGUCAACGAGUUUUUACCUGCAAGCACUGCAUUUGAAGCCAUCCAAUAUUCAAUGGACCUUUAUGCCGAGUACGUUCUGCACACCCUGAGGCCAUAGGCUCAAAAAGCUAUUUUCCUUCAAUUUUCCAUUCAUUCUUGGAGGGAAAUGCAUUAUACUGAAUAAAACAUCUUAACUGCAGUUGAAUAAGAAUUACAACUCCUUUGAUUUUUUCUUCUUUUUUUGUAGUUCUGAAUGUUUAUUAUAUAUUGCUUGUUGUAUUAAACUCUCUUGUGAGAAGAAAUGAAGAGUGAAUGUAUCAGUUACUAGAAUGUGAUUUGGAUUUUCACUAUUUCUGUGCAGAUCAUUUUGAUCAUGCUCACCUUCUAUGUAUUUCUGUACUGGCCUCUUGUAAUCUUUUGAGAGAUUUGUUCAAAAACAACCUUGAAGCAACUGAGACAUUUAGAAUGUAUCAUUUUCAAAAUAUAUUUAAUUCCACGUUACUU